UAAUUUUAUUUUAGUUAUUGUAUUGUUUUAUUAAACAACCAAUCUUUUAUUGUUCUCACUCUAUGUUCUGUUGAUAACAAUGGAUUGGUUGAGCAAGAUCAGAUUAUUAAUCAACUCCUCGACAUUUUUUUAUAAAUAAGGUAACAAUCAUAACAAACACGAAAGAUUUUCAUUAGCGUGUGCUUUUCGGUCUUGAACUAAUCAACAUUAAAUAAUAAAUAAGAUAUCGAUCAUGAGAAACACGGAAGAGAUUUUUAUUCUGUCUGGGUCGAGCUAAUCAAUAAUCUGAAGUCGCUCAUGAACAACAGAAGAUUUCACGUUUACAAUGCAUGCAUGAACGUAUGUAUGAUGGGCAUCGAAGUGCGCCUUAAUUAUUUAAAAUUUGUAUGACAUAUUUUUCUAAUAAAAAAUGUCAGUGAAAAAAUAUAUUUCACGUAAAAAAUGUGAUCAUAGUUAAAUAGAAAUCGUUGAAAUUGAAUAAAAGAAAAUGAAUAAAGAUGAGUAAUUUCGUAUUAUAUAAUUUUUAACUCGACAUGAAGAAACCACAAGAAGCAAUCAAAUCAGCUGCAUCACAAUGUUUAGCCGCUUUUGCAACAAAUCUCGUAAAGUUUACUUAUGGAUCGUUUCAUGGUAUUACAACGAUACUUUUAGCAGAACUAUACAAGAAAAAUGCAGAGAUUGAAAUUUCACUAAGUGAAUUAACAUGGUUUGGUAGCUCAUGCUUUAUGGUGCCAGUAGGCUCUAUAUUAUCAGGCCUAUUGGCUCAAACUAUAGGACCUCGUCGAUGUUUAAUUGUGACGUCGCUUCUGUUCAUCGUUUCUUGGAUCUUAUUUUAUUUUGCGAAAAAUUCGGUUAUGCUUCUAGGUGCGCAAGCUAUUGCUGGAUUAGUUGCACCAGCAAUAAUAGGACCUGGAACUACCUACAUUGUUGAAACAGCUGAACCAUAUUUGAGAAGUGCCCUCAUGGCUUCUACAAACCUAUCUAUAAUCAUUGGCGUAUUUUUAACGAUUCUUUACAGCAACUGGCUUCACUGGAGAACGAUUGUUUUAAUUAACCUUAUUUCUCCGACACUCGGAUUCUUGUCCAUGUACAUGAUCCCUGAAAGUCCGCACUGGCUUGCAAGCAAAGGGAAAUUGAAGCAAGCAGAAAGUGCUCUGUCGUGGGUACGAGGUUGGACUACACCAGAAAAUAUUUUUCUAGAAUUCGAUUUGUUAAGGAAAACCUAUGAAAUUCCAGAUCGAAGCUCAACAAGAAAUUCUUGCAAGCCUUUUUUCCCGUACUUGAUGAUCAUAUUUAAAAGUAUUGAUGCACCAAUCGACAGUCACUUAGCGGCAUCACUUUUUGACGCUAUGCGCAUCCUCGGAGCCAUAGUUUGUAUUCUAUCGGUGCACUACACCGGGAAGAGGAAAUUAAUUUUCAUCUCUUCUAUCGGAGCUGGCUUAUCAUAUAUUACAAUAGCUACGCUAUUAUUUCUAAAAGCACAAAGCGCUUACGUGAAAUACAUUCACGUUUUUAAUUGGACUUCGACUAUCAUGCUAAUACUUUCAACGUUUUUGACGUCUGCUGGCAUCGAUAAAGUUGUGUUUAUGUACAAUGCUGAACUCUUUCCAACAAAAUUUCGAAACGUUGGCACAGGCAUCGGCAUAUUUGUCUUCUCAGUUUGCAGUGCCGUUGUGAACAAAUCAUAUUUAUAUGUGGUUGCAGCUGUAACUUUACCGGGAGCUUUUCUCAUUUUUGGAAUCUCUUGCUUCGUUUGUUGCAUAGUAUUUUAUUUCCUACUUCCUGAAACUGAAGGUAAAACGUUGCGUGAACUAGAAAACCACUAUGUAAAAACGAUUAAAGAUGCAAACCUGUAACCAUAUAAAAUAUACAAAAGCUUAUAAGCUCGUAAAUAGUAAUAUGUCAUUUGAGCAUUAACAACAAUUGGAGUAAUCAUGCUGCCAUACGGAAGUUUGGAAAUUAGAGCUACUCGAUUACAAAACGUGCAAACAAAGGAAGAAAACAAAUGUUAUACAUAGCAAACAUGUUGUC